GGCAGUACUGUUUGGACCCAAGAAGGCGGGCUCUCUGCAGAAGGACUGGGAAGGUGGCGGCGGCGAAGGCGCUGGCGGUUGAGGUUACUCCGAGCCAGGUAACUAUGAAAGGCUUGUAUUUUCAACAGAGUUCUACAAAUGAAGAAGUAACAUUUGUAUUUCAAGAAAAGGAAAAUGUCCCUGUUACAGAGGAUAACUUUGUGAGGGUUCAAGUUAAAGCCUGUGCCCUGAGCCACAUAAACACAAAGCUUCUGGCAGAAAUGAAGAUGGAAAAGGAUUUCUUCCCUGUUGGAAGAGAAGUUGCUGGAAUUGUAUUAGAGGUUGGCAGGAAGGUCUCGUUCUUUCAGCCCAACGAUGAGGUGGUGGGGAUUUUGCCUUUGGAUUCCGAAGACCCUGGACUCUGUGAAGUUAUCCGAGUGCACGAGCAUUACCUGGUUCAUAAACCAGAGAAGGUGUCAUGGACGGAAGCCGCCGGCGUCAUCCGGGAUGGAGUCCGAGCCUGCACGGCUCUGUAUUAUCUCUCUCAGCUCUCUCCUGGGAAGUCUGUGCUGAUCAUGGACGGGGCAAGUGCAUUUGGCACAAUAGCCAUCCAGUUAGCACAUCACAGAGGAGCCAAGGUGAUCUCAACAGCGCACAGCCUGGAGGACAAACAACAUCUUGAAAGGCUGAGGCCUUCUAUAGCCCGUGUGAUUGAUGUGUCUAAUGGGAAAGUCCACGUUGCUGAAAGCUGUUUGGAGGAAACAGGUGGCCUGGGAGUAGAUAUUGUCAUAGAUGCAGGAGUGAGAUUAUAUAGUAAAGAUGAUGAACCAGCUGUGAGAUUACAGCUGCCACAUAAGCAUGACAUCAUCACACUUCUUGGUGUUGGCGGCCAUUGGGUAACAACAGAAGAAAACCUUCAGUUGGAUCCUCCAGAUAGCCACUGCCUUUUCCUCAAGGGCGCAGCGGUGGCUUUCCUUAAUGAUGAAGUUUGGAAUCUGUCAAAUGCACAACAGGGAAAAUAUCUUUGCAUCUUAAAAGACGUGAUGGAGAAGUUAUCAGCUGGUAUUUUCAGACCUCUGCUUGAUGAACCCAUUCCACUAUAUGAGGCAAAAGUGUCCAUGGAAGUUGUUCAGAAAAAUCAAGAAAGAAAAAAGCAAGUUGUUCAAUUUUAAUUUUCUCUCCCAGACCUCAGUUGGAUGCACCCACACCAGUAUAUGAAGCCAGUUUUCUUUGGAAAUUGUUGAGAAAAAUCAAGGAAGAUAAAACAACAUUUUCUAUUUUUAA